GAAGGCUGCGCUGCAAGAUCUGCAACAAGGAGUACAAAGGGAACCGGAAGCGUGCGUGGGAGCACUUCAUUCUGGCGAGGGUUUCAGUCAAGUGUCCGGGUUCGAACCUCUCCAUUUGGAAAAGGCUGCAUCGCAUUGGUGCGCAGCUGCCACCGGAUUUGCUGGCGAGGGUGCAGAUGGCGCUGGAGCAGGAGAGGGAUGACAACGACGACGUUCCAGAUGUGGCAGGUGCUGGGCCUGCUGGCGAAGGGGGGAGAGGUGGGAUUGUUGAUCAGCUUGAGGAGCCAUGGGUCAUCGCAGGCUGUCAUGCAGGUGGCCCGCAUACGCAGGCCAGAGAGGCAGAUGGGCAUCAAGAGGUUCACGAAGAACCCACGGCAGGAGGAGAUUGAUGACUCCUGCUGCGAGUUCUUCGUGGAGAAUGCCAUCCCGUUCAACGCCGCCAAGAGCAGGAGCUUCGAGAAGUUCACGCUGGCGUGUUACGGACCACAACCUGCAGCGAGCCACCCUCUUGUGCCCACUGGGUACAACCCUCUCAGGUGUCGGUUGCUGGAUCGCCUCAACAACAGGUUGCAGGAGGAGGAGCAGGCGAUCCGUGACGAUUGGCAGGUGAUAGGCUGCACGUUCAUAACCGAUGGGACCACAGACAUUUGUGGUCGAUCACUUAUGAACUACAUCCUCGCAGACCGGUCGAAGCCUAUUUUCAUCAAGUGCGAGGAUGUUAGCGAGGGGGACAAGGAUUCCGCAGCCUUCGGGAGAGGAGUCUUCGGCACCCCACAGGCGAAGAAACGAGCUGCGAAGGACAAUGCAGUUUUGUGGUGGGAGGCGCACGGGGCGGGGCAUCCGGAGAUCCACGAGCUGGCGAUCAGGGUCCUUUCGAUCUGGACGAUUUCCUCUCCUGCUGAGAGGAACUGGAGCACUUGGGCUCUGGUGCAGGCGAAGUUCAGGAACAAGUUGCAACACCAGCGCACCAACAAAUUGGUGUCCUCACACUGGAGCUUGAGGCUCAAGAGCAGGGGGGAUGAGGGGCCCACGAUAGCAGGAGGGUGGUUGGGGCUCUCAGCUGACAGGGAGGACGAGGACCUGGGGGGUGAUUUGGCGAAUGUCUUCGAGGCCGUUGAUGACUACGAGCCUGCUGUUGGGGGCGCCAGUUCUGCGGUGGUUAGCACUACUGUUCGCCACGAUGUAGCUGGGCCAUCGGCAUCGAGGUCCAUGCAGAGAUCAGCGCAUGCGGAGGAGGUCGAGGAGGAGGAGGAGGAGGAGGAGGACAUUCCCGACGAGGAGUGGACUCAACCGCGUGGGGAGGAGCAGCAGGUGCAGGAACAACAAGUGGAGAAGCACGAGGAGAACGAGCAAGGGGAGGAGCAGGUGGGGGAGGAGCAGGGGGAGGAGGAGCAGGGGGAGGAGCAGGGGGAGGAGGAGCAGGGCGAGGAGGAGCAGCGGUUGGAGGAGCACAAGGAGGGCAUGCAGCAGGGAGAAGAGCGGAAUGUGGAGGGUCAGGGGCAGGAGCAGCAAGUGGGGGGGCAACAGGUGGAGGAGCGGCACGGGGAGGGCGUGCAGCAUCUCAAUGCGGUGCGAGCUUUUUAUGGUCCCAGUCGGCAGUCUCCUCUAGUCGGGCAGCACGGAGGACAUCCCGGCCGUAUAUGGGAUCCCCUCGCCUAUCGUGCUCAGCGAGGUAGAGGGAGGUCUGCUACGGGACGUGGGAGAGGAGGCGCUGCACGAGCUGCAGGAGGCACAGGGCGAGGGAGGUCCGCUUCAGGACGUCCGAGAGGUCGGCCACGCAAGGACAAACGGCCCGUUGCAUCACCAGCGGCAGAAGAGUCUGAUGACGACUCUGGGGAGAGUGCACCACUGCACAGGUCAAAGAAGAGGAGGACAGAGACCGCUGCAGAGGGAGAGACACAGACGGAGAGAGAUUAGGCAGAGAGAGAGAGAGAGAGAGAGAGAGAGAGAGAGAGAGAGAGAGAGAGAGAGAGGCCUCGUUGUCUUUCACAUUCCGGACCACUAUGCUUCCUGCUUGUCUUUAACUGAGGCCUUGAAAAGCU